AUGUCAGGCAACCCAAGAGGCCGCGGCGGCGGCGGUGGACGUGGAGAUGGUGGCCAGCGAGGCGGUCAACGUGGUGGCCGUGGUGACUUCGCUCCAAGAGGUGGUCGAGGAGACUUCGCGCCAAGAGGUGGUCGAGGUGACUUCCGUGGCGGUCGUGGAGACGGUGGACCACCGAGAGGAGGAGGACGAGGUGACUUCCGUGGAGGCAGAGGCGGCGGCAUGGCCAUGCGUGGAGGACCACCAGGCCGUGGAGGCAUCUACCUUGACGGCCAACCGAUCCCGCAGCCUGACGCCGAGGUUCGCAGCGUUGAAGACGCCCUGGUCAAGGAGACUCGCGGAAAGAUCAUCGAUGGUUUUCCGGGUCGACGUGGCUAUGGAACAAAAGGCAAAGCCAUCACGCUGAGGACCAAUUACUUCACGUUGACCACUGCAUACGAGGCGAAGAAGAAAGAAGUGACUCUGUACCGCUAUGAGAUCGACAUCAGUCAGGACCUGAGCAAGCAAAAGAGACGCCGAGCCAUCGACACCAUUUUAGCCGACGACGUGUUCAAGAAGCUCGGCUGGGCUACGGAUUAUGGCACUAUCCUUGUCACCAACAGCAAGCUGGACCUGGAGACGCUCAUGGGCGGAGCCAAGACCAAGAAGCUUACGCUGCCUCCUGAGGGAGGUGCUCCGGUUUUUGCUUCAUCAGACACCGAAGGUGUCCCAGAUUUCGUCAAACAGGCGCGGGAUCGCAACGCUUUCGAAUUCCGCAUCAACUAUCAGUCCUCCUUCGACCCGCGCCACAUCAUCGAGUACCUGAAGAGCCGUCAAGGUGGUGCGACCUACGCUGGCAACGGCGAUGUCGUACAGCUCUUCAACAUUAUCCUUGCUAAGACCCCAAACAGCGCCGAUGCUGUCCGCGCAGUGGGACAGAACAAUUUCUAUCCUUUCCACGGACAUCCAGGAAUCGAUGGCUACGACUUGGGUGGCGGCCUGGAAGCCUUGAGAGGUUACUACACCUCCGUUCGCCCUGCCAUCAAUCGUCUUCUGGUCAACCUCAAUGUCACGUCAGGAGCGUUCUUCAAGCCACUCCCCGUCAUCGAUUUGCUGCGUGAGUUCAAUGGCAGCCCUGACCAACAAGAGGCGUUCAUCCGCAUGUUGAAGGUCAGAUGCCCGUACAUCAAGGACGGGCAGACUACACCGUUCAUGACGAAGAUCAAGACCAUCGUCGGCUUUGCCAAACCAACCGACCGUGACAGGCGUGUCAAGCGCUUUGGCAAUGCGAAGGAAGUCAAAUUCAGCUAUACCGACACAACGAAGCCAAACCCAAAGCCUACAGACACGACUGUCUUCGACUACUUUAAGAAACACCAUGGCAUCACCCUGCAACGACCGAACGUUCCGGUCUUCAAUGUUGGCACUCGAGCGGAUCCACAGUACAUGCCACCGGAGUUGUGCACAGUCUUGCCUGGGCAAGCAUACCGCCGCUUCUUGAGCGGUGAUCAGACUUCCGAAAUGCUCAAGUUUGCAGCAAGGGCACCCAACCUGAACGCCCAGUCCAUCGCCGGAACGCCUGGAGCGCCCGGUAAUGGUCUUCGCCUGUUCCGCCUUGCCGACCCACCUGGCCAGCCCGAUCCUCAAGAGCAGUCCGUUGGACCUUUCGGCUUCCGCGUCGGGACACAAAUGAUUACCGUGCCGGGUCGAGUCUUGGACAGCCCCAAGGUGAAGUAUGGCAACAAGCAGAUUGUGCCAAGAGGUGGUUCCUGGAACUGUGCCGAACAGAAGUUCUCGAAGCCUGGCAGGUUCACACGUUGGCAAACUCUGAUCAUCAGUCGAAAGGGCCCCAGAGGUGAUGCCCUUAGAGGCAACCCAGAGCAAACCAUCGCGAAGCUUGGAUCGUUCUUGCAGAGCUACGGCCUCAACAUGGGCGACCGUGGACCGACUGCACAGCUUCUCCUAGAAUCGCUUACGGUGCAGAACCGUGAGUACAACGACAGGCAGCUUAAGCAAGCCUUCCAGAAAGCGGAGACCAACAGAGUUGACAUGCUGUUCAUCGUGAUCCCCGAAGCCGACAAGUGGCUUUACGCCCGCAUUAAGUACUUCGGAGAUGUCGAGCAUGGCAUUGGCACGAUCUGCUCUGUUGGAUCGAAGCUGGAGAAGGAAAACGGCCAGGGAAUGUACUUCGGCAACUUGGCAUUGAAGUUCAACCUCAAGGGCGGUGGUGUUUCACACACCGUGGAGAACACCGUCGUCAAGCCCAUCGACAACAACACGAUGCUUGUUGGUGUGGACGUGACCCAUCCGUCUCCAGGCAGUACCGAUGGAGCCCCGAGCAUUGCCACUAUGGUUGCGAGCACCGAUGCCAACAUGUUCCAGUGGCCAGGCAGCAUCCGUACCCAGACUGGCCGUCAAGAGAUGGUUGACGCCAUUGAAGACAUGCUGAGCGAGCGCCUCGAUCUUUGGGUCAAGAAGAAUCGCACUCUUCCAACGAAGAUUGUCGUGUACCGCGACGGCGUUUCCGAGGGUCAAUACAAUCUGGUGCUGCAACAUGAGCUUCCGUCUUUCGAAAAGACGUUUGAGAAGCGAUACGGCGCCAAGGACAAGUGGCCCAAGAUCGCAAUCAUCAUUGUGGGCAAGCGACAUCACACCCGCUUUUAUCCAACACGCCAGGAGGACGCCGACUACAACCCGCAGCGCGACAAAGGCUCCUGGAACCCUCUCCCAGGCACCGUCGUCGACCGUGGCAUUGCUCACAAAGUCCUUCGCGAAUUCUGGCUCCAGGCUCAUCAAGGCCUUCAAGGCACCGCUCGCCCUGCACACUACGUCGUCAUCAAGGACGACAUCUCCUUCGAAGCAGACGAACUCGAACAGUUCACUCAUCACCUCUGCUACCUCUUCAAUCGUGCGACCAAGGCCGUUUCCAUCUGCCCACCCGCCUACUACGCCGACCUGCUCGCCGAGCGUGGCCGUGCAUACCUCUUCAGUACCCUUGCGGAGAACCACGGCAGCGACUCGUCCGUUUUUGACGGUACAAACGAGUGGACUGGUGGUGUACACGCACGACUGCGCGAGACCACUUGGUACGUCUAA